UUCCGCUAUGAAGAGAUUGCACUGCUGGACGAUGUGGCAAAGUUCCUACGACCAGCUGUUCUCGAAGUGCAGUCGGCGGAGGAGAUCGAAAGGUUGAAGGCGGCAAACACCACGGCAGUCGGCUUCUUCCAGUCUCAGGACGAGAAGGAGUAUCGGACGUUCAAGAGCGUUGCCAAUCUGAUGCGAGGUGAGCUCGUCUUCGCGGCGCAGUUCGGAGAGCGGAG